AUGACUGCUCCAAGACGUGGUGAUCCCGACUUUUUAUCAAAAACAAUUGACUCAUACCUGAAUAAUUUUCCUGAUAAACCUGAAAAGGAUUCAUUAUACGCCAGAACUCAAAUCAUCGUUUAUACUCAUUUCACAGACCACAUUGUAUUUGACAAUGUUCAGGCAAUCUAUUCAAAUAACUCCAAAGCUCAAAACUAUUUAAAAUUUCAUCGUGAAGAAGGUUGGGAAGUAGACCAAAGAUUGCAUGUUUCAAAAGCUUUGCAUUUUGUUGCUGAUAAUUUUAAAACAACUUAUGUUGGAUUGAUUGAAGAUGAUUUUCCAUUAUGCGAAGAUAAAUGGAAAGAAUUAUUAACUAUUAUUUAUAUUGCUAACAUACAAGUACCAAAACAUUGUGGAGUAUUCAUUGGUACUGGUGGAAGUGGUUUAAUAAUGAAAACAGAUAAGGCUUUAAUAGCAUCAGAUUUAUUAUUGAGUGAAUUGGAUUUAGCACCAGAUGUUUUGAUACAAAAUUGUUUAUUAGGAGAAAUCAAAAAAUGUGAUGAAUGUUCAAAAACUUUGGUCAUCUCAAAAACUUUGUUAAUGUAUCAUUUGGGCUAUAACACUUCAACAAGUUCUAAUCGAGUAUAUCACAAAUAUCAAUACCAAUGUGGUUGGAGGCAUCCGUUUAGCAUACUAGGUGGAGGACGAAGUGGAAAAACACUCCUAUGCAAGUUUCAUGGGGAUACAAUUGCUUUGAAGAGUGUAGACUUAUCAAAAGCCCCACCAUAUGUUUUGGAAGAAAUGCAGAAAGAAGUAGAGAUUUAUAAAGACCUUGCUGAUAUCCAAGGCAAGUAUAUCCCAAAGUUGGUGUGCUAUGGAUAUUAUGGAGGAGGUAUGAGUUUUGUUAUUGGCAUGACCAUUGUUGGUACUAUGUUGUUUUAG